UAUAACGUUUUGUGUGAUUUGAACUUUAAUAAGUAGUGAUGUAUUUUGAACUUGGGAUUGGGAUAAUUGGAAGUUUCUAUAUUUGAAUGUAAUUAAUCUAUAAUGGAUCCAAUAAACGUGUCCGGUACAAAUAAAGAAAUGGAUGUUGCUACAAUAUCUAGAAAUAUUUACAUAUCCUGUGACACUGAUAAUACGGACUCGGUUUCGGUUUCCAAAUUGAUCGAAUUUAUUAAGCCUUAUAUGACAGAAAAUUUGAGUGCCCUGGAAGAGCUCCAGUUAGCGUUAGAUCCGGAUAAGAAGGAUAUUAAUAUUCCUAAUGCUCUGUUUAUGGAAGUAAUGAUUAAAUGGAGUCAGAAAAUGGCUGGUUCUUCAGAUUCGGAACAUGAUUUUAACAGGACACCUAACCACUUAAUUGUAUUGGAAGAUAAGGACUUACCCUAUACUCAUUCAACACCUAGAGCAAGUUUAGGAGAUAAACUUCUAAAGUGCAAAGAUCUCUUAAAUCUAUCAAAUGUGUCUGCGUAUAGCUUGUCCACCAGUAAAUUGGAGGAUACAAAUCCUGUGGACCUCACAGUUCUCGAGGAAGAAGUUAAAAGGUUACAGCAUCAGCUUUCAAAAACAGCGGAUGAGUUGUCGAUGACAAGACAACAAGUGGCGCUUUUAGAAGAUCAAAAUGAGGUGCUGCAUGCGGAUAUCGUCAGGUUGAAUAAAAAAUUAACUUCCGAACAACACAUUUUGGAGCAGCACCAAAAGGACAAAAUUUAUAUCGAAGGAUUACGCGAGGAAAUAGCAUGUUCAAAGAAAGUUGCGGAAGAAUAUAAAAAGAAACUGAUCGCUUCUGAAAAAGACACCUUCUAUUUAAACGAGUUGUUAAAGAAUAUGGAGAAAGAAAAAUGCGCUCUAGAAAAUAAGAAUGAGAUGUUCUGUAAACAGCUGAAAGAUGCAUUGAAAGAAAAUUUUGAAAUGCAUACCAUAGUUGAAUCAAAGGAUCAGGGAAUUGCCGAAAUAAAACAAAAAUAUGAUGACUUAAAGGUUCAAUGUUCUAAACAAAGAGAUUUUAUUGAUCAACUGGAAAAUGCAAAGGAAAUAUUAGAGCACCAAAAGUGCACCUUAGAAAACACAUUGAAGGAAAAGUCUACAUUCAACUCUCUAGGUAAUGCAUCUCUGUCUGCAGGCAAAUAUCAAAAAUUAAUAUCCAACAUACAGAUUCAAUCGAAUCAAAGUAUACUGAGACAGGUAUUGGUUAAACACUCGACCCCAAUGAAAUGUUUGGCACAAAAUAUAAUUGGUAAAGAUGAAUCAAACCAUGUGACAGAUAUUUCCUGUAUUCUCCCGUCGGAUGAUUGCCAUGUGAGUUUCGGGAAAUCUCUAAUUGUUUCUAAUAAUACCGCAGGAUGUAAGGAAGGAAACGACAGUAGCGAAGAGGAUGUUGCGUGGAAAGUACCAGCCGAUAAAUCUGAAGAAUAUAAUGAUGCACCUUGCACCACUAAUGAAAUUGAAUCAUUGGAAACUGAGCUGCAAAGGAUAAAGGCUUUUCCAAUCUCUUACCAACACAGUACUAUUCUAUAUGAACGCGAUGAGCAGAUUAUAGAACUAGAGGAGGAAGUAGACAAGUUAAAAAAGGAGAUUGAGUAUUUCAAAGAGGAAAGUGCAAUUUGCGCAAUGAAUUUAAAGUGUCAGAUUGUAAAGCCUGCAGAAAUCCAGCAAUCUAUCAUCUCGCUUGGUAAUGAGGUUGAUUUUUGUAAAGACAAAAUCGAUAAAUUAAAGACCAAAAUACCCAUGACAUGUAAUAAAGAAGUUCAAGUAGAUUUGUUUAGUGAUGGGGACCUCAAGAAAGAAUUAAGCGAAAUCUCUAUGGAGAAAGAACAAACUGAAAAGCGUUUUGAAGGUUUUAGAGAGGAGGCAAAGGUCAAAGAGCGCGAAUUCAACGACAAAGUUUUAAAUUUAGAAAAUGAUCUACAAAACUACCAAAAUCUUGUUACGAUGCUUCGUAAUAAUGUGUCAGAACUUCAAAACGUUAAACGAGAACUCGAACAUGAAAAAAGCGAAUUAGUGGUGAAUUUGAGAAGGUUGGAAACUGCAAACCAGAGCAUGUCAAAGGCAUUAGAAGACACAACAAGUAAAAUCAAAUAUUUGAGUGGGGAAAUUGAGCGGAAGGAAUUCGAAGUGAAACAGUGUAAGGAAGUUUGUGAGAAAAGAUAUGCAAUAGAGUUUGAAGAAAGAACCAGAAUAUUUAAAGAGAAUUUAGAAAUAGAGUUGAAAAAGAAAUUAGAGAAAGAUAGGUCACAAAAUCAGUUGCAAUCAAAAAUUGUGGAACUAAAUAAGAAAAUACAAAAUUUGGAGAUUAGUAAAAAUACUUUGCAAUCAGAAUGUGAAUCAAAUAACCGGCUUAAGGACGAUUUGCACACUAUGCAGUUAGAACUUGCUGUUAAACAAAAACACAAUGACCAUUUAAUUGAAGAGCAUAAGAAAUUGUCUGAAUCCUAUGAACAGUUGAAAAUUGAGCACGCUCAGGCUGUGGCUUCUUACCAUGCUGAGGUUAAUAUCGCGCAAGAGCUGAACGGGGAACUUUCUAAAGCAAAAAAGCUGUAUGAAAAAAGUGUAUGGCAGAUUGAACAAAACGAGAAAGACAUUCAAAAAUUCGUUAACGAUGUAUCUUUGUUAAAUGGGCAAAUUGACAAUCAAUUCAAAGAAAUAAACGGUAUUAAAGUUGCUAUGGAAAAGAAGAAUAAAGAGUGUAAUGCAUUAAGAGAUGAGCUGAAAAAAGUGAAUGCAGUCAACAGUACGCUUGAAAUUCAGUUGGAACAUAUGAAAUUAGAAAAUGAAAAGUUUAAUGACAUUUAUAUUAAAUAUAACAAUAUAUUAGUUCAAAUUGAAGCGCAAAAGAAUGAGGAAAAAGAUUUGGAGGGUGAAAUCUCUGAUAAGGAUACGAAAUUAGAAGAAUUAAGAGCCGAAAGAGGUGAAAUGGUCACUCGAGAAGAACUUGCCGCAGUUUCUGGAGUGAAUGUAGGUAGGAGUAAAUUAGUGAAAACUACUUCAAAGCAAGGCGGCAAUGUCGAAAGAAAAACUUCAUUCUCAAAGCAACAGGUGUUGAUUGAAAAAUUAAAAGAAAAACUUGAACGCCUUGAGACACAAUUAGUGGAAGAAAGGGAAAGGAGUAAUGAGUUGGCUAAUAAGUUGAAACUAACCGCACCACCUCUCCACAAUGAUGUAGAUGAAAAACUAGUUUUGCAAGAUUUGGAAAUGAAACUCUCUGACGCAGAACACAAAUAUGAAACGCUUUAUACCGAAAUUUUGGCAAAAGAUUCUCAAAUUGACGAAGCUAAUGAAAAAUACAAAAAAUUAUUGCAACUUGGCCAAUCUGAAAACUUAAGAACGACAGAGCUAAUGAAAACUGAAGAAAGAAUAAUGGUAUCCAGUACAGAAGUGAAUUUGUUUGAUCCGUUCAAAUUCACCAAAAGUGAUGGAAAUUCCGUUAAGAAAUUUGAAAAAUCUUUAAGUUGUCCGUCUAGUCCAAAUUCCCCAUCUGAAGAUGUUCUACACACAAAAAUUGUCCAGCCAAAUAGUGAACUACAUUUGAUUCAACUACCUACUUUUAAGUUUUCCGAUUUUUCUGAUCAGCUUUUAGAAGAAGUAGGUUCAAGGGAAGGAAGUCAGGGAAAGAAAUUUAGUAAGAGUGAAAUGGAAACGAUGGUUACCACACUGGCUGUGCAGUUUCUUUCGAAUUCGCGAGAUUUAAUGGAAAGGGUGGUUCAUGAGACCAAUAAAUAUAAAUUGGAAUAUGUUGGUCUCAUGUCACUUUGGUGGGAGAUAUCUAAUCGUCUAAGGGAACAUCGAGGUAAACCUACAAAGGCGGUUUUUGUUUUGUUAGAAGAGCUAAAAUUAAGAAUGGGAGAUUUAUUGCAGACGACCGGGCAAGUGGGAAUAUUGCUCCACGAAAGUAGGAUGAGAAAGUGUUGGAAUUUGGCGACCAACUAUAUGACCACGCUGAGACAAGAAAAUGAGAAAUUGCAGAAGAACGGGGCCAGUUUUGAAAAUAUGUCCAGGCAUAAUGCCUGUUCAUCAGAAUCAGAUCAAUUCAAAGAAAGGACCAAUUGCAAAUCUAAGUUAUUGGUAGCCAUAUCUAUCGGAGCCCUGGCCCUUAUAUCCAGUUUAUGUGUAGUGCUCCAUCUGCAUUGUAGACUGACUAGUUCCGAAAUUCAGUAUUGCCCCUUGGAUGGAAUUAUAACUAGACAAGCCAUAGGAAUUCCGCCCAUGUAAGGUCCACAUUCUCGAAUUACUAAAUUAUUCAAAAUUAUUUGUUGUAAAUAUUAAGAAAAAUGUAGUCGUUUUUUGUUUUGUUGUUGAUUUUAUAUUAGAUAUUUUUUAUGGAUUUGCUUUUUUGCCUCGUAUCUGCGUUAUUAGAUUUUUUAAAAAACCCUUUUUGUUUUGAGUAAAGACCAUGGAUACUGUGGAUGUUCCACUGAUCUUUUCCAAAAUCAGCCCUAC